AUGGAGGUCGCCAUGAAAUCAUGGGAGGUCGACAACGACGUCGAACUCGUCGAUCCUGUCCGCGAUGCUCUAUACAACUACUCGAGCGACCGUCAAAAGAAGAUCAACGAUGAAAAGGCAUGGCGCAAGGACCCCCACCACUUCAAGCACGUGCGUGUAAGUGCAGUCGCCCUGAUCAAGAUGGUCAUGCACGCACGCUCCGGCGGCUCGAUAGAAGUCAUGGGGCUCAUGCAGGGCUACACCGACGGCGACACCAUCGUGGUCACCGACGCCUUCGGCUUGCCCGUGGAAGGAACCGAAACGCGAGUCAACGCCCAGGACGACGCCAACGAAUACAUGAUCCAAUACCUCGAGCUCAGCCGGAGCCAAGGCGCACGCCCAGAGAACGUGGUCGGAUGGUACCACAGCCAUCCAGGCUACGGCUGCUGGCUCAGCGGCAUCGAUGUGUCGACACAGAAGCUACAGCAGACUUUCAACGACCCGUUCGUUGCCGUCGUCAUCGACCCCGACCGCACAAUCAGCGCGGGCCGCGUUGAGAUCGGCGCCUUCCGCACUUUCCCGGACGACUACAAAGAGGCCAACGGCAGUUCUGGCGGCGGCAGCGGGGGAGGCAACCAGGCUGUCCCCCUCGCCAAGGCCGAGGACUUUGGCGCACACGCCAGCAAGUAUUACCCGCUCGAGGUUUCGCAUUUCAAGUCGACCCUGGACUCCAACCUGCUCGAGCUGCUCUGGAACAAGUACUGGGUCCAGACGCUCUCGCAGAGCCCCUUGCUCACCAACCGCGACUAUGGCAACAAGCAGAUGCUGGACCUUGGCUCCAAGAUCCGCGAGGCCACGCAGGCAACGUCGCGACUGAGCAAGGGAGGUGGCAUGUUCCAUGGCCGGGACGCGCUGGACGCACAGAUGGAGAACUUGGCGCGGACAAGCAAUACCGUGGCCAUGAAGGAGAAGCAGGGGCUCAUGGCCGGCAAGAUCAAGGCCAAGAUCUUCAAUGGCGCAAGCACGCCGUCGUCAUGA